GGGAGGGAGGGUGGAGGGGGGGGUUUGGAAAUGGGGACCGUCCUGUGGAAUUUGCUGUUGUGCAGCGUUUGCUCGUCGAUCAGGGGUGCACCAUUGUUACUGUUUGCAAAUCGGCGAGACUUGAGGCUGGUAAAUGCUGCCGCUGGCAAGACUAAUGCCACCGUGGUUGUUGCUGGCCUGGAAGAUGCGGCAGCAGUGGAUUUUAUAUUUUCAGAAGAGCUCAUAUAUUGGACCGACGUGAGUGAAGAAGCGAUUAAACUGAUUUUUCUAAACCAAACGGGAAACACUCAGAAUGUAGUCAUAUCAGGACUGGUCUCGCCCGAUGGACUGGCCUGUGAUUGGCUGGGGAAAAAGUUGUAUUGGACAGACUCCGAAACCAAUCGGAUUGAAGUUGCUAAUUUAGACGGUUCAUUACGCAAAGUGUUAUUUUGGCAAGACCUGGACCAACCUCGAGCGAUUACGUUGGAUCCAGCAAGGGGAUAUAUGUAUUGGACAGAUUGGGGAGAAGUGCCAAAGAUAGAACGAGCUGGGAUGGAUGGUACGACACGAUCUGUCAUCAUUGACAACAACAUUUAUUGGCCAAAUGGACUGACUUUGGAUUACGAGGAUGAAAAACUAUACUGGGCAGAUGCUAAACUGAGUUUCAUUCACCGUUCAGACUUCGAUGGAACCUUCCGGCAAGUGGUGGUCGAGGGUUCACUUCCACAUCCGUUUGCUUUAACAUUGUUUGGGGACACCUUAUACUGGACAGACUGGAACACUCAUUCUAUCCACGCUUGCAAUAAAUACACUGGACAAGAACGCCGGGAGGUACACAGCAACAUUUUUUCUCCUAUGGACAUUCAUGUCUUUAACCAGCAGAGGCAACCAAAUGCAACAAACCCAUGUGGAACCAGUAAUGGUGGCUGCUCCCAUUUGUGCCUGAUGUCUCCAAUCAAACCGUUUUAUCGAUGUGCCUGCCCAACUGGUGUCCAACUGCUAAAAGAUGGGACGACGUGCAAAGAUGGUGCCUCUGAGUUACUGUUGUUGGCCCGACGGACCGAUUUAAGACGGAUAUCCUUGGAUACGCCCGAUUUCACAGAUGUCGUCUUGCAGCUGGAUGAUAUCCGCCAUGCAAUCGCAAUUGAUUAUGAUCCAGUGGAAGGAUAUAUAUACUGGACCGACGACGAGGUGCGUGCCAUCAGGCGGUCGUACUUGGACGGGUCGGCAAGCCAAUUCGUUGUGACAUCUCAGAUCAACCAUCCCGAUGGCAUUGCGGUGGAUUGGGUGGCAAGGAACCUUUACUGGACGGACACUGGCACUGAUCGCAUCGAAGUAACUAGGCUGAACGGCACCAUGCGUAAAAUUCUAAUUUCUGAGGAUCUUGAUGAACCACGGGCAAUUGUGCUUGAUCCAAUGUCUGGGUACAUGUAUUGGACAGAUUGGGGCGAGAUUCCAAAGAUAGAACGCGCUAGUUUAGACGGAACAGACCGGGUUGUCCUUGUUAACACUUCACUGGGUUGGCCAAAUGGUUUAGCCUUGGACUACGAGGAGAGAAAAAUGUACUGGGGAGAUGCCAAAACUGAUAAAAUAGAGGUAAUGAAUUGUGAUGGCACCGGCAGACAUGUCCUGGUUGAAGACAAGUUACCUCACAUAUUUGGUUUCACUCUUUUGGGUGACUACAUUUACUGGACAGAUUGGCAGCGACGGAGCAUUGAGAGAGUCCAAAAGAGAUCUGCUGAACGAGAGAUCAUCAUCGACCAGCUCCCUGAUUUGAUGGGCCUAAAAGCCACAGGUGUCCAUCGGAUCUUGGGUACCAAUCCUUGUGCAGAUGAUAAUGGUGGAUGCAGUCAUCUGUGCUUGUACAGGCCUCAAGGCGUGCGAUGUGCCUGCCCAAUAGGCUUGGAGCUCAUCAGAGACAUGAAAACAUGCAUUGUACCAGAAGCUUUCCUCCUCUUCUCUCGGAGAGCAGACAUCAGAAGGAUCUCACUAGAAACGAACAACAACAAUGUGGCUAUUCCACUAACUGGGGUAAAGGAAGCCUCUGCUCUGGAUUUCGAUGUGACUGACAACCGGAUUUACUGGACGGAUAUUAGCCUGAAGACCAUUAGCAGGGCGUUCAUGAAUGGCAGUGCUCUGGAGCAUGUUGUAGAGUUCGGACUCGAUUACCCGGAAGGUAUGGCAGUGGACUGGCUGGGAAAGAACCUGUACUGGGCUGACACUGGAACCAAUCGUAUUGAAGUUGCAAGGUUGGAUGGACAGCACAGGCAAGUGCUGGUGUGGAAGGACCUGGACAGUCCCAGAGCAUUGGCACUGGAUCCUGCUGAAGGUUUCAUGUAUUGGACUGAAUGGGGUGGCAAACCAAAAAUAGACAGAGCUGCCAUGGAUGGGACUGGACGCAUCACCUUGGUGCCAAACGUUGGCAGAGCAAAUGGACUAACUAUUGACUAUGCAGAGCGAAGGCUUUACUGGACAGACUUGGAUACGAGUCUGAUUGAAUCCUCAAAUAUGUUGGGUCUUGACCGUGAAGUUAUUGCAGAUGAUUUGCCUCAUCCUUUCGGAUUGACCCAGUACCAGGAUUACAUUUAUUGGACAGACUGGAGCCGGCGAAGCAUUGAACGGGCAAACAAAACCAGUGGCCAGAAUCGCACAAUCAUUCAGGGCCAUUUGGAUUAUGUUAUGGAUAUCCUUGUGUUCCAUUCUUCCAGGCAAGGUGGCUGGAAUGAGUGCGCCUCAAGCAAUGGGCAUUGCUCUCACUUGUGCUUGGCCGUGCCAAAUGUUGGCUAUGUUUGUGGAUGCCCUGCUCACUUCUAUCUGAACACAGACAACAAAACCUGCAGCCCUCCAACUUCGUUUCUGCUGUUCAGCCAAAAAAACGCAAUUAAUCGGAUGGUUAUCGACGAACAGCAGAGCCCUGACAUCAUUCUUCCAAUCCACAGUCUGAGGAAUGUUAGGGCCAUCGACUAUGACCCUGUACAUAAGCAUCUGUACUGGAUCGAUUCACGUCAAAAUGUUAUCAGACGAGCGCAGGAGGAUGGAACUGAGAGUUUCACAGUUGUGACCAGCACUAUCCCCAACCAAAACUUGGAUAUGCAGCCUUAUGAUCUCAGCAUUGACGUCUACAGCCGUUAUAUCUACUGGACCUGUGAAGCCACCAAUGUUAUAAAUGUCACACGGUUGGAUGGUAAACCGAUAGGUGUGGUCCUAAGGGGAGAACAAGACAAGCCCAGGGCAAUUAUCGUAAAUCCAGAGAGAGGGUACAUGUACUUCACUAACCUUCAAGAUCGAUCCCCACGAAUCGAGCGGGCUGCAUUGGAUGGCACGGAGCGCGAGGUCCUGUUCUUCAGUGGAUUGAGUAAACCAGUCGCUCUUGCAAUCGAUAACAAGAUUGGGAAACUCUUCUGGGCAGACUCUGACCUCCGUCGUAUUGAAAGCAGUGACCUAUCAGGCGCAAAUCGAAUUGUUCUGGAAGAUGCGAAUAUCCUGCAGCCAGUUGGUUUGACCGUGUUUGGAAGCCACUUGUACUGGAUUGACAGACAGCAGCAGAUGAUUGAGAGGAUCGAGAAGAUGAACGGCAACAGUCGCACUAAGAUUCAAGCACGCAUUGCCCAGCUGAGUGACAUUCAUGCUGUGAAAGACCUUGACCUGGAGGAAUUUGCGGAACAUCCCUGCACUCAGGAUAAUGGUGGCUGCUCCCACAUUUGCAUUGUAAAGGGAGAUGGUACUACACGCUGUUCGUGCCCUGUUCACCUUGUCCUACUUCAAGAUGAGCUAUCUUGUGGAGAGCCACCGACCUGUGCUCCAGAUCAUUUCACCUGCGCCACUGGAGAGAUAGAUUGCAUCCCCUUGGCCUGGCGCUGUGACGGGUAUCCUGAAUGUGACGAUCAAAGUGAUGAACAAAACUGCCCAGUGUGCUCAGACAGUCAAUUCCAGUGCGCCAGUGGACAGUGUAUAGAGGUUGCCUUCAGGUGCAAUGGAGAGACGAAUUGUCAAGACCAGUCUGAUGAACAGAAAUGCGAAGUUCUGUGCCCUGUGGACCAGUUCCGUUGUGCCAAUGGCCAGUGCAUUGCCAAACAUAAAAAAUGCGAUCAUAACAAUGACUGCACUGAUAAUUCGGAUGAAGUUGCUUGCUAUCCAACAGAGGAGCCGACGCCUCAGCCCACAAACACCAUCGGUUCAAUUAUCGGUGUGAUUCUCUCAGUGUUUGUGAUCGGAGCUAUGUACUUCAUUUGCCAGCGUGUACUGUGCCCGCGGAUGAAAGGCGAUGGAGAGACUAUGACAAAUGAUUUUGUUGUGCACGGAUCUGCUUCAGUGCCUCUGGGCUAUGUACCGCAUACUAACUCCCUCCCAGGAUCACUGCAAGGUAUGUCCCGUGGCAAGUCAGUGAUGAGCUCUUUGAGCAUUAUGGGCGGAAGCAGUGGGCCUCCCUAUGACCGAGCUCAUGUUACCGGUGCCUCUUCCAGCAGCUCCUCCAGCACAAAAGGCACUUACUUUCCUCCUAUGCUGAAUCCUCCACCUUCGCCAGCUACAGAGCGUUCACAUUACACCAUGGAAUUUGGUUACUCGUCAAACAGUCCUUCCACUCACAGGUCAUACAGCUACAGACCUUAUGCUUAUCGAAAUUUUGCUCCACCCACAACACCCUGCAGUACUGACGUUUGUGACAGUGACUACACUCCUGGGAGGAGGAUGGCCAUGACGAAAUGCUACAGUGAUCUGAACUAUGACUCUGAGCCUUUCCCUCCACCCCCUACUCCGCGCAGUCAGUACUUGUCUGCCGAGGAGAACUAUGAAAGUUGCCCUCCAUCUCCAUACACUGAACGGAGUUAUUCACACCAUCUUUAUCCACCCCCUCCCUCCCCAUGUACAGACUCCUCCUGAGCUCCGGAUAACCAUCUUCGCCUAUUGUAAAUAAUUGUGGAUAUCAAAAGACUGCACAAAAGAGUGAAGAUAUGUAUGGAUAUGUACAGUGAAAAUAAAUGGGGUAUUGAGGGGGAGGGGGGAAUAGCUUCAAACGACUUGUACAGUAGAGAGAAUAUUUAUAUAUUUUCUAAACAGCACCUGCUGGUUGUGCCAUAAAAAUUGUAAAAAUUUGUACAAAAAAAAAGCUUUUUCACAUUCAAACAAAAUGCCUUAACCCAGGGAAGCAACUAUACCUAAGAAGAAGACAAAAAAAAGUAACAAAAGAAGGCAAUGAGCACACACUUUGCAAUGGGCGCACGGACUGCUGGAUUAAUUUUUACAAGACCAGUGCUUGAAGAAAAUCUCACUGCAUUUCGACAAAGAAAACAUAGUGUCAACAGCCUGCAGGUUACACCGAGAGGAAAUCAGCUGCACAGCACAUUUCUUAAAGUGGAGAAGAGUUUGUUUGGAUUUUGUUUCUUGAGCCUUUAGAAGGAAAAACAAUUUUUAGCAGCGCUUCCUCAGUUGAAAAGGAUGGAGCAUACAGCCACAUGCUGAGAUUCUUCUGAUACUUGCACCGGCGGUGUGUGCAGUUUCACAGUGAAGCCAGCAUCAACUACUCUGCAGCUUCCAAAGCUGACUGAUGCCAUGUGCGAUCAACCCACAAUACAACACCCUUGUUGCACAGGGGAGGAAGAUAAAUUACCUUGGCUUUUAGCCUCUGGAAUGGAACCAUCACUAUUCAAGAGUAAUAUGAAAACAAAUGGUGGGGAAGCAUUUAUGACUCUAAUAUUUGACCAAGUCCAGAAGCCGUGCCUGAUCCUUUUUAAUUCUUACUCAAUAAGCUUUUAACUUCAGUGCCCAGAAAUGUUCUAGUUGUAUUUUUAUAUCACAUAUGUGUAGAUAACCUAUUUAUGAGCUAUAAAAUAACCUUGUAUUAGAUCUUCUGUAAAGCCUAUCCAUAUAUCCUUGCAGUACUUUCAUGUAUAGUUUUAUUAUUACACUUUAUGCCUCAUUUUAUUUUUCUAUAAAACAUAAGUAUAAGGGUAAUGACAAUCUCAGAUUUUUUUAAAAAAAAGACAAGACAUCCAGAUGAGUUUAUUUUCUGUUUUUUCUUCCCAUCAGUUAAGGUACUUUUCCAGAAUUCAGAAAUCAGCUUUAUAUUCUGCAUUGUUAAAAACAAAUAUGUGACAUUUUGUAGCCAAGACUGAAUGCUUUGUCAUGGUCCAUUAUCAUUUAGCUGACUUGAGUCGAAUUGAUCUCAACAUUGCAUCCUUUUUAAGAUAUUGUUUCUGAUACUCAUUUAUUUAAUAUAGGCAGAAAUAUUUUCCACCAGAAAUAAAUUGUUCAAAAAUAUGCUCUCAAAAUAUGGAAUGACCUGUACAUGAGAAUUUUUGUUUGCUGUCCGUGUGGUACCAGGAGCUAUAAGUUGUAUCUAUCUGUGCAUAUUUCUGUAUGAUUGCGUGCCAAAUCCUGUUACCAAACAGCCUAUGGUGGUGUGCACCUAAAGCAAAUCACUUAGUUUGGAAUGAAGGAUCUUGUUUGGAAGUGAAGGAUCUGGUGCUGCUGAAUGCAUUAGCUGUAAACCUCCAAAUGUACUUUUCCAGCUGUCAAUUGGGGCUUGACAAUUAUACCAAGUACCAUGAUCAAAUGCCCCUUCCCCUCUCUUUUUCUCUCUCUCCCCCCCG